AUGGCUCUACGAAGUCUUGACAAAUCAAAACCACUACAAUAUGAGAAUUUCCUUGUCUCAUUUCCACACGAAAGGAUUAUGCAGAUUACCUUGAAUCGACCAAAGAAGCUGAAUAGUGUAAAUAAGUCCAUGAGCCGUGAUAUCCAGGCGAUUUGGGACCUCUUUGACCAGGACGAGAACCUAUGGGUUGGCAUUAUCACAGGCUCCGGGAGAGCAUUUUGUACGGGAGCCGAUUUACAAGAAUGGAAUGAAAUGAACAAAGCCGGCGUGGUAAAUAACAUGGACGCGCCAGGCUUAGCUGGGCUCCCACGUCGCUCUGGCAAAAAGCCGAUUAUCGCCGCGGUCAACGGCAUCUGCAUGGGCGGUGGAUUCGAAAUGAUAGCCAACUGUGACAUGGUUAUAGCGUCCGCCUUAGCCAUCUUUUCAUUACCGGAAGUGAAACGCGGAAUAGUGCCCGUGGCCGGAUGCCUGCCACGACUGACGCGGACCCUUGGCCUACAACGGACUAUGGAUCUAGUCCUGACCGGGAGGAAUGUGACGGCACAGACACUCUAUGAAUGGGGUCUUGUGUCCCGAGUCAUCGACUCAAGUGACGAUGUGGUUCACGCAGCAGUACAAGUGGCUCAAGAGAUGUGCAAGAACAGCCCCGAUGCACUGAUCGUCGGCCGGCAGGCAAUCCGGUUGAGCUGGGAGACUGGGAGCGUGGAGGAAGCUGUGUCGGCUGUAGCCGCUGAGUCAUAUCCUCGCUUGGUGGCCGGGUCCAAUUUUGCCGAGGGUAUUCAGGCCUUUGUGGAAAAAAGACUGCCGGUCUGGGCAAAUUCAAAGCUUUGA